AUGAAUAAAGUUAAACUUGCAAUUUUCAUAUUUGAUGGAUUUGAAGAAAUAGAAGCAGUCACAACCAUCGAUUUAUUAAGAAGGGCAAAUAUUUUAGUGGAUAUCGUUAGUGUCGAAAAUAAAAAAAAGUUAAUAAAAGGAUCGCAUUAUAUAGAAAUCUCAGCAGAUAUCUCAUGGGAUGAAUUCAAUGCCGAGUUAUACAAUGGAAUUAUUAUUCCCGGUGGUCCAGGUAUAAACAAACUUUUAUUAAACGAACAAGUUGUAGAAAUGGUCAAAAAGUUUGGACAUGCUAAUAACAAAACCAUAGCAGCAAUUUGUGCUGCCCCUCAAAUUCUUGGUAAAAGUGGACUUUUAGUAGGUAAAAAGGUAACACAUUUCCCUGGAUGCAAACAAUUUAUGGAUGGUGCUUUUGAAGAGAUAGACAAAGCUGCUAUUGCAGACGGGAACAUUAUUACUGGUGCAUCUGCUGGUGUUUCUCAAACUUUUGCUCUUAAAAUAGUAGAACAUUUAAAAGGCAUUGAGGCUUCAACUCUAUUAUAUAAUCAAAUUUGCCCACCUGUCUUUUUGGCACAACAAUAA